UUAAAAACUUUUUUAUCAGCUCCCACUUGAUUUUCUCGACUCUCCUUCUUUCUAGGUCACACAAAGAAAAAGAAAGCAAAAAGGCUCAUAGUGUGGAUACAAGGAAAAGACUUAAAAUUGAUAUAUGGAUCUUUUCUCCUUUUCUUUUGAUUCCUUUCAAUUAUUAUGUCUGUCCAGUAAAAGUUAGUAGUAGUUUAUUUCACUGUUCCUAACCUAGUAAAACAACUUUUUUACUAUCAAUUGCAUCUCUUUUCUUUUGAGUAGCUGGUUUUUCAGUGUCCCACGGAUAAGGUCCAUGUAUAUUCUACUCUUUUCAGACUUUACUUGUAGUAUUAUACUAUAUAUGUGUUGUAGUUACACUUACAACUACUCAUAUUGGAUGACAACCUCUCUUCUUUAUUUUCCUAUUUUGAAAGGUUCCCAAGACUUUAUUUAAAGCACAUUUUAUUGGUAAUUACAUGUAAAAAAUUUGAGAUUUGUAACACAAUAUCAAGAUUUUAUCUUAUUACGAUAAUAUUCUUGCUGUGUGGAAAUUGUUAGACACCUUUAAGUGAUAUCUCCAAUGACAACUAUCUUUCUACACGGGCAUCAAAAAGUACUUGUACAACUGACAAGGUGUGUAAUCUUCACUGAAUUGGUGUAAAGAGAGACAGAAUCUGAAGAAAGCCACUGAUAUUAAUUCCCUUUUCUUAGUUUUACUGAGCAGAAAGAGAUUUGCGUUGGCUAAAAAAAAGAGGGCUCUUCAACUAUUGUAGAGCUUCUUUGAAUGACAUAUUGGCAUGUGUGAAUGCAUGGACAAGAAAGUGGGGUACAAUGGAAAUUAGCUAAUGAGUUGUCUCAUGGAAGGAAAUUGGCAGCAUUGUUUCCUUACCAUAGUUGCUGUUUCUCAGAUGGAUUCUUGAGAUCAACAUUGUUCAGAGUUUUUGUCAGCAAUUACUUUUAGUACACAAAUGUACAAUCAAUAGGACCACCACCUUCAUGCUGAUGGAGUUCAAGUUGGGUACUUUUAUUCAUCCGUAUGGUUUUUAGCACUGUUACGAAGGAGGACAUGAAAAUAUUUCAGACUUUUCAACAGUAAUUUAACUUAAAAGGUUUCUUCAUUGAUCCACAAGCUAAGUGUCAAUGUUCAAAUCACUUGGAUGAUUUUCUAGGAUGGCAAGUUCAUUUGCAGCUAUAGCAGGAGGAAUUGGAGGGGCAGUAGUCCUCUUGGGAGUAAUUUUCUUUGUAUGCUUUCGGGCAUUCCGUAACAGGAAGGAUUCAAAUAGGAAUUCAGAUUCAGCUUCUUCAGACCCAUCUGCAGUAGUAGUUUCAGUGGAGCUGAAAAGUGGAGGACCCGGCGCAUAUUUUGCUCCACCAAGGCUGUUCAGAAUGGAAGAGUUGGAGAAAGCCACAAAGCAUUUUGAUGAGAGCAAUCUCAUUGGUUGUGGGAGUUUUGGUCUGGUUUUCAAAGGGUUGCUUUGUGAAGGAACCGUGGUUGCUAUAAAAAGGCGCUUAGGGACUCCGAAACAGGAAUUUACUGAAGAGAUUGCUCAUUUAUCAAGGAUUCAUCAUCGCAACCUGGUCAGUCUUUUAGGCUACUGCCAAGAGAGUGGAUACUCCAUGCUGGUUUUUGAGUACUUGCCUAAUGGAAGCAUGCACAAUCACUUGUAUGACACAGGAAAGGAAUCUGCAACAAAGCUAGAAUUCAAGCAAAGGUUAUCGAUUGCUAUUGGAACAGCUAAAGGUUUAAGUCAUUUACAUGGCCAACGCCCUUCAAUAAUCCAUGGGAACUUUAAAACAGCUAAUGUUCUGGUUGAUGAGGACUUCAUUGCGAAAGUUGCAGAUGCAGGGAUUCUUAAGCUACUUGAGAAAAUUGAUGAUGCAGGUCCUUCUGGAUCGAGUACUGUCAAUGCUUUUAGAGAUCCAGAGAUUAAUCAAAUUGGAAUUCUCUGUGAGGCGAGUGAUGUUUACAGUUUUGGUGUAUUCCUGUUAGAACUCAUAACUGGUAGGGAUGCUUCACAUAUUGAUGAAUUUGGAUCAAACCAAAGUGUACUUGAUUGGGUUGAAAAACAGCUGAGUUCAGAGCAGUUGGUGGAUCAUAGGCUGCUGGGAAGCUUCACUGCAGAAGUGAUGAGGGAUUUGAUCAAGAUGGCAUUGAGAUGCAUGAGUUUUCCUGGUAGAUAUAGACCAACCAUGGAAACGGUUGUGUUGGAUCUUGAAAAGAUUCUUGAGAGGGAGAUCAUGCACACAACUGUAAUGGGAGAAGGUACUUCCACAGUUACUCUAGGGAGUCAAUUAUUUACAAACUGAAGCAAUGAGAUUGAGAGAGCCAAUAGUAGGAGAAGAGACCUAGUCUUAUUUCUGUUUUCCUGAAAGAAUUCGGCCUGCAAGAAACAGCAUCAGCUUGAAUAGCUUUUUCCUCUCCCCUCCUUCUGCUUCAUCUUACAAAUCUAGAUGAGCAAAAGGCCGGGGCCUGAAAUAUUAAUCGGCAACAAUUUUUUUUAGUCCAAUACCCCUGAUAGGGCAUUAUUGUUUGAUUUAUUAUAGGAUCAUAUGCUGAAAGAAAUGAUCCAUUUUAUAUUGUGGUUGUGGCCUUGAUGAUUACUGCACCUAGCAGACAGAUGGAAGCUUUUGUUUCUCACGUUCAAUAAGAGUUAAAUGAAGUUCGUGAAAUUAGUACAA